AUGGACUUCAGUAACAAAGUUGUCAUAAUAACGGGUGCCAGCAGCGGUAUUGGGGCGGCUGCAGCUGUUUUAUUUGCAAAACAAUCUGCUAAAGUUGUGUUAGUGGGAAGAAACGAGACGAAGUUAUUAGAUAUUGCAAAGAAAUGCAAGGAUGCCAAAGGUAUUGAGCCCCUAACUGUCAGAGCGGACCUUACUAACGAUGAAGACGUAAAAAAAAUAUUUGAUGAAACGAUUAAACACUUUGGGCGUAUAGAUGUCCUUGUGAAUAAUGCCGGUAUUGGAUUUCGUGGCGGUAUCCGCGAUGGUGUAGAAAUAUAUGACCGCGCUAUGGCAACUAAUGUUCGUCCUGUCUAUUUGUUGACCAGUCUAGCUACGCCUUACCUCGUCCAAUCUAAGGGGAAUGUCAUUAACGUGUCAAGUGUUGCCGCUUUGAAACCAAUAAAAGAUGUUGCAUUUUUGGCAUAUUGUAUGUCAAAAGCCGCACUCGAUCAGUUCACUAGAUGUGUUGCUUUAGAAUUAGCAGGAGAUGGUGUUCGAGUAAACUCAGUAAAUCCAGGCGCUACAAAGACUAAUUUUGCGGAAGCUGCAGGAAUGAGUAAAGAACAAACGGAAAAAUUAUAUGAAAGCCGAGACCAAAAUAAUCCGCUUCGCAAAAUGGCGAAAAGUGAAGAGGUCGCUGACCUAAUUUUAUAUCUUGCAAGUGAUCGCGCUGCUAGUAUAACAGGUGCUACUUUCGUGAUAGAUAACGGUGAAAUGUUAGUGUAA